AUGUCUUCCAACGUACUAAUCGCGCUAAUUCUUGGAGCAGGACCUAAUAUUGGAGCUAGUGUCGCCAGGGAAUUUGCUUCUAAAGGCUACAAAGUUGUUCUCACGUCAAGAAAGGUCCCUGAGAAUGCUAGCCCGUUGUUUUUCCACAUCAAAGGCGACCUUUCUCAACCCAAGUCAGUUGUUGAUAUUUUUACCCAAGUUCGGAAACUCCACGGAGAGCCAAGCGUUGUUGUUUAUAACGCUGGUGCGGUCUCAUUCGCGCCCAAGGAGAAUACUUUUAAUCUUGACCUUGGCACAUUCGAAUCGGAUCUUAACAUAAAUACCACGAGUGUAUUUGUUGCGAUUAAAGAAGCCCUGGCGUCUUUUUCAGCCUUACCUACUAGCACUUCUCGCACUUUUAUCUACACUGGAAACGCUAUGAACUUUGCAUCAUUCGAUGGACUCCUAACUUUGGGUGUUGGCAAGAGUGCCACUGCGCACAUGAUUGCAUCUGCAGCUGCAGCAUUUGCAGACAAGGGUUACAAGUUCUACUAUGCAGACGAACGGCGAACAUCUGGCAAACUCUGUGGUAAGGAUAUUAGUGGCACGGCUCAUGCCGAGCUAUAUGGGCAGCUCUCUGAAGACAGGAAACAGCGGCCUUGGUUGCAGACAUUUGUUAGAGGACAGGGCUAUGUUGAUUUCCCUGCUGAUACCGUUGUUACCUUCUAA